AUGAACCAUAUCAGAGCCUGUGGUAAAUCAAUUCAGCUCCUCCACCGACUCUCCGCAUCCCAAUCGAACGCUUUGCUCUCUACAAAGCCCAGCCCUUUCUCUCUAGCUGUUCAGUCCACCAAUAUCCGUCGCACUAUGGCCUCCGCAAUGGCAAAGCGCCUCGAGGGCAAGACUAUUGUUGUGACCGGUGCUUCUUCCGGUAUUGGAAAGGCCACUGCUCUUGAGUUCGCGCGUACCUCGCCUAAGAACCUGAAGCUUAUUGUGACCGCGCGCCGUAUCGACGCCUUGAACCAGCUUGCUGCUGAGAUCAAGGCUGAAGUUGGCGAUGGUGUCAAGGUGCUACCGGUCAAAUUGGAUGUGAGCAAACCGGAGGAGAUCAAAAACUUUGUUCCCUCUCUGCCGGAGGAGUUCAAGGAGAUUGACGUCCUUGUGAACAAUGCCGGUCUUGUAAAGGGUGUUGCUCAUGCUGGUGACAUCGCCACCGAAGAUAUGAACAUCAUGUUCAACACAAACGUAACUGGCCUUAUCCACAUGACUCAAGCCGUUCUGCCUAUCUUCAAAAAGCGCCCGGAAGGCGGCCGCGGUGAUAUUAUCAACAUUGGUAGCAUCGCCGGGCGUGAUCCUUAUCCCGGCGGUGGUAUUUAUUGCGCUACCAAGGCGGCUGUCCGCUCCUUCACUGAGUCGAUUCGCAAGGAGCUCAUUGCUACCCGCAUUCGUAUUAUUGAGAUUGACCCCGGUCAGGUUGAGACUGAGUUCUCUGUUGUCCGAUUCUACGGCGACAAGUCCAAGGCUGAUGCCGUGUACAAGGGUGUUGAGCCUUUGACGGGUGAGGAUAUUGCCGAGUUUGUUGUCUUCGCAGCCGGGCGACGGGAGAACGUCGUCAUUGCGGAUACGCUGAUCUUCCCCAACCACCAGGCUGCCGCCGGCAUUAUGCACCGCAAGUCGUAG